AUUCAUCCUAGCAAUGACUAUCACCCUGUGCUCAUGGUUCUAUCUGUUCGGAUUCAACGUCUCCGACCAAUCCUACUUCUCGUGGUUUAUGAAGUGUUGGGCACAAGUUCUCGUUCCUUGUUCUGCCAGUGCGGACCUGUGCCAUUUUCUGCUGUGGUCUGUCAGGUUUUCCACAACAGUCUUCGUCUCAGAUCUCCGAGUCAGUCAUCAUCCCAUUUUCAUUCAUGCAAUAUCCGGGUUUUGAUUGCUGGAGCUGGUUGUUCCAUGCCGUUGGUUCUGUCAGGGGGAUCGUCGCUUGAUGGGGAACGAGUAUGAAAACAUCUUAAUGCACCAUCUAUGUCAUAUUAUUACUGACAGUUCACGCGCGUGAUUUCGCGGAUGUUAAUCUUUUGUGAUCGCAUCUCAGGACGACGAGCUUUUCCGAUUGUAGUUCCGAAGGAUCUCGCAUCGACAUGCGUUGUGCAUUUCAGCUAGGUUAUUGCACUUGCCUCAUUGCAGAGCCCAGUGGGGCCUCUGCGGUAUUUUCCUUGCAUGGUUGCAUCUGUUCUGGGGUCGGACUUCGUUAUCUCUUUCGCGACGAUAUUUGUGACCAGUGACCAGUCAAACGUCUGCCUG